AUGGCUCAAGACAGCGACAAGCCUACUGCCAUCGACAAGGGAAAGGGCAAGGCGGUUGAGAAUGGCAAGCCUGAUGAUGUGUCCAAGGAGAAGGAUGGCAAGCCUCUGGCAAACGGAAAGAAAGCCGACGAGAAGGAUGACACCACAGAAGAUCUCAGCGAGGAGGACCAACAACUCAAGAGCGAGCUUGACAUGCUCGUCGAGCGGUUGACCGAGCCCGAUGCGUCCCUCUACAAGCCGGCCUUGGAGGCCAUGAAGAACUUCAUCAAGACAUCGACAUCAUCUAUGACUGCUGUUCCGAAGCCCUUGAAGUUCCUCCGACCCCAUUACGACACCAUGACCGCUUUGUACGAGAACUGGCCAGCAGGCGAUGACAAGAACUCGUUGGCCGAUGUACUGUCCGUGAUCGGCAUGACUUUCUCAGAUGAGGACAGACAAGAUACCCUGAAGUACAGGCUGUUGGCACCAACGCAGGACAUCGGCUCCUGGGGACAUGAAUAUGUCCGGCAUCUGGCCCUGGAGAUUGGGGAGGUCUACGCCAAGAGGAUCACAGCCGAGGAAUCCACCACUGAUCUGGUGGAUCUGGCGCUGUCCCUUGUGCCUCUGUUUCUCAAGAGCAAUGCGGAGGCCGAUGCGGUUGAUUUGAUGAGCGAGCUGGAGAUCAUCGAGAAGCUGCCAGAGUUCAUCGACGAGGACACUUACUCCAGAGUUUGCUUGUACAUGGUUUCCAUGGUCAACCUUCUGACAUACCCAGACAACGAGCUGUUCCUUCGUGUCGCUCAUGACAUAUACAAGGAAUACAACCAAUACACGCAGGCCAUGGUCUUGGCCAUCCGCCUCAACGACACAGACCAGAUCAAGGCGGAUUUCGAGGCAGCAACCGACCCUACACUGAAGAAGCAAUUAGCAUUCCUGAUCGCGCGGCAGAGGAUAUUCCUGGACUCGGAAGAAGAAGAUCCCGAAGUCCAAGAGAGUCUCAGCAAUCUCCGUCUGUCGGAGCACUUCAAGACUCUUGGCAAGGAGCUCAACAUCCUCGACCCCAAGACGACUGAAGACAUUUACAAGAGCCAUCUGGAGAGCAGUCGUGUGGCUGGGAUGACCAACCUGGACUCUGCUCGUCACAACCUGGCUGCAGGGUUUGUCAACGCGUUCGUGAACGCUGGCUUCGGCAACGACAAGAUGAUGCUGGUAGACAAGGAUACCAACAGCUGGGUGUGGAAGACCAAGGACGAAGGUAUGAUGUCAACAGUUGCAUCAUUGGGAACCUUACUCCUGUGGGACGUCGAGAACGGCCUGGACAAGAUCGACAAGUAUACAUACUCUGAGGAGCCCCAAAUCGUCGCGGGAGCCAUGCUCGCCAUUGGUAUCAUGAAUGCUGGCGUGAAGAUGGACUCUGAGCCUGUCAUGGCUCUGCUUGGAGAGCCUGAGAAACUUGAGCACUCCAACCCUCUCAUCCGUGUUGCUUCGAUAAUGGGACUUGGCCUGACGUACGCUGGCUCCAACAAGGAGGAGCUGCUGGAGAAGCUUCUGCCUGUCAUUAAUGACACCACCCAGGACAUGCAGAUCUCAGCCAUGGCCGCCUUGGCCUGUGGUCUUAUCUUCGUUGGCACAUCCCACCCAGACGUGACGGAAGCAAUAAUCACAACCCUUCUCGAUGAUGAGCGCCAAAACCAACUGAAGGACAAAUGGACUCGAUUCCUGGCUCUCGGACUUGGCCUGCUAUUCUUCGGUAAGCAAGAAGAGGUGGACGUCAUUCUGGAGACCCUCAAGGCAAUCGACCACCCUGCGGCAAAGCCCACAGCUGUCCUGGCUGAGAUCUGUGCCUGGGCUGGCACUGGUGCUGUGCUGAAGAUCCAAGAGCUCCUGCACAUGUGUAAUGAGCACAUGGAGGAGUCGGACGAGAAGAAGGGUGACGAACUGGUACAAUCCUAUGCCGUGCUUGGACUUGGCUUGCUCGCAAUGGGCGAGGAAGUCGGCCAGGAGAUGGUGCUUCGUCAGUUCGGCCAUCUCAUGCACUACGGCGAGCCCAACAUCCGCCGGGCAGUUCCCCUGGCUAUGGGCUUGAUUAGCCCAAGCAACCCUCAGAUGAAGGUCUACGACACUCUUUCCCGAUACAGCCACGACAAUGACAAUGAUGUCGCAAUCAACGCCAUCUUCGCCAUGGGUCUUCUCGGCGCCGGUACGAACAAUGCCAGAUUAGCGCAACUGCUCCGACAAUUAGCAAGCUACUACCACCGUGAGAAGGAGUCACUCUUCAUGGUGCGGAUUGCCCAGGGUCUCCUGCACAUGGGCAAGGGCACCAUGUCCCUCAGCCCCUUCCACACUGACCGGCAGAUCCUGUCAAGGGUCUCGUGUUCAGGCCUGCUGGCUGUGCUCGUGGCUAUGAUUGACGCCAAGCAGUUCAUCACCAAGAACUCUCACUAUCUCUUGUACUUUUUGGUCACGGCCAUGCACCCGCGUUUCCUCGUCACUCUCGACGAGAACCUCAAGCCCCUGACGGUCAACGUGCGCGUUGGUCAGGCAGUUGAUGUAGUCGGCCAAGCCGGUCGCCCCAAGACCAUCACCGGCUGGCAGACACAGAGUACCCCUGUCCUGCUGGGGUACGGCGAGCGGGCUGAGCUCGAAGACGAGGAAUACAUCAGCGUGAGCAAUGUGCUCGAGGGCCUGGUCAUCCUGAAGAAGAACCCGGAGUGGGAAGACGCCGUAUAA